CUUGCUAUCCUCAUUCUCACUACUUCUACUCCCUUCCAUCUCUCCCUCUGUCUCUCCGAACCACAACCACCACCACAAUGGCAGCAGCAACCGCAUCUCUUACCGGCACCAUGGCCAGCACAUCCUUCCUCCGCCGCCAACAGCCCACCACCGCCAUCCGUUCUCUCUCCACCUCCAACAAAACAGCAGCCCUCUUCGGACUCAAAUCCAGCACCGGCAUCCGUAACCGCGGCGGAGUUACCAUGAUGGCCACAUACAAGGUCACCCUCGUGACCCCGGAAGGAACCCAGGAGUUCGAGUGCCCUGAUGACGUGUACAUCCUUGACCACGCCAUGGAGGAAGUCGGUAUCGAUCUGCCAUACUCAUGCAGGGCUGGGUCUUGCUCAUCAUGCGCCGGGAAAGUGGUCUCCGGCAGUCUGGACCAAUCAGACGGCAGCUUCCUCGACGACGACCAGUUGGAGGAAGGGUGGGUGCUCACCUGUGUGGCUUAUCCGACCUCUGACGUCACCAUCGAGACCCACAAGGAGGAGGAGCUCACUGGCUAAUUUUUUUAUAUGAUUUGUUUUGAUUAAUAAAUUUGGAAGUGGUGGUUGUGUUUCAAAAAGAAGAUGUUAUGUCUUUAAAUUUAAGUAAACUUCGAUAAAAUGUCAAAUUUUGUUAUAUUUUAUAUAACUUUUGUUGUAUUUUAAUCUUAUAUAGAAUCGCUGGUUACAGGAA